AGACAUGUUGGUGGUCUCUUCAGUCUAAAAGCCCCUGCUCACUCCCUCACACACACACACACACACUAACAGCUCGUUCACUGAUCACUCUGUGUCCUCGUGCUCCUGCAGCGCGAGCCCUAAACCCCUGGAGAUUAUCAUUAAUAAAUAAUGGCAGAUGUCACGUGGAUCAUCACUUUGCUCUGUGCUGCAGCUCACCUGUCCUCAGCCUCACCUGUUCUCCGCUCAGCCCUUGUGGUCCAGCCAGGUCAUAAUGUGUCUCUGAGCUGUAACCUGACCUCCUGCGGUCAGAUCACCUGGUACCUGCUGCGCUCCGAUCAGCUGCUGCCCCUGCUGACGGUCACCCUUGACACGUUUGGUCAGCGUCCCGUGAACUACCACGCCGCUGCCGACAGACGGAGAUACGUUGAGGAGAAGGGAUUGGUCGCUCUGAUGAUUCUGCAGGUGGAGGAGGAGGAUGCAGGACUGUAUUUCUGCUCCGGGACGUGUGCAGAUAAUGUUUGUGUCAGCAGAGGGAUUCACCUGGCUGUUCAUGGAGCUGGAGGGGAGUCUGCAGGGCUGCCAUGUUGGACUCUAGGGAUCUGUGUUCUUCCAGCUGUACUCGUCUCCUGUUUCCUCUUCAUCGUCAUCGGACUCGUCCUGUACUCAGGUAAACCAGCUGUUUGCAGCUGUAGAUGCAACAAGAGUCCAAAGGUCACAGAGGACGCGUCUCUGCACUACUCCAGUCUGAAGCAUGCAGGAAAGCCCCGCCCCUCUGGCCGAGGAGCAGGAGGAGGAGGGACAGGAUUGGUUAAAAUGGAAGUCACAUACUCCACGGUGGCCGGUUGCAAAAACCCAAAUGGUUCAAAUAAUCGCUGACUUUGUGUUACUGUCAUAUUCUAACACCAAUUACACCAAAUACACCAAAUACAAAGCUCUGAUACCGAAUGUAAGUCUUCUUAGACUCAAAUGUUUUUUUUAUUGUUAUUAUUUUCUGCUCUUUAAAGACGUAAAGAAUGAGUCACACACUGUUUUUUUAUAUACUGUAAGUCUCUAUGAAUACUGUAACUCACCACACUUUGACUCGCCUCCUCUUUAAAUCACAUCAGACUGUCAACAUGUUGUAAAUAUGAUCCUCAGCUUUACUUUUAUCAAACUUCAUUUCACCUCCAUAAGAACUUCAACAUUCACAAAAACACAAGAAGAAUGUAAAACAUGCGACUGACUGACUGUUUCUGACAAAAGCACGACUGAUAUCUGCUCUUCAUGGAUCAAUCCAGCAUCCAUUGUUGCUUAUCUUCUUUGUUACUGAUGAUCGAAUGUUUUUAUCUACAAUUUAAUUCUGUUUCAAAUAAAUACAGAGAGAUAUAAACAA